UUUAAUUCUAAUUAAUUUGAUAGGUUCUUAUCUUAGAUUCUCACUUUAGUUCAUACUUCACACAAUCUCACCAACCCUGUAGCCAACCCCUCACCCCUAUAUAAUUCUCCAUCUCUCUUUACUUUUUAUUUGCCACUACAAAUCAUUAUUCUCUCAUUUUUCUCUUUUCUUAAAUAUUCUCUCACAAGAAAUUCUAUAAAUUUUUAAUAAAGAAAGAAAGUACAAUAAUAAUUUUAUCAAAAAAGUAAUGGCCAAAUUCUUCAAUAUGACCACCCUUCUUUUAGUCAUGUUUCUCCUUGUUUGCACUACCAUUCUUACUUCAGCAGCUCGCUCUGUCCCUGCAGCUUAUCAUCAUGAGAAGUUUGAAGAAAUAAAAAAUAAUGUGAAGAUGGAUGAUAAUAUUGAGAGCUGUGAAGGACUGACUGAAGAUGAAUGCUUGAUGAGGAGGACACUUUUGGCUCAUACCGAUUAUAUCUACACUAAUAACCACAAACAUUGAAAUUAAACUUCGGAUUAUCUUUAUAAUUAUUGUCUGAAAUAUUUAUUACAUUAUAUAAUUUGAUGAAAUAAUUAAUUUCAGCUAAAGGAGGAUGAUCUUAUAAGUCCCCAAAAUUAGUAUAAAUAUAAAUACAAAUUGUAGUUUAUUUUUCACAUAUAUUAUUGUAACGAAUAGUACUGAGAAUGUUAUUAUUUUAUAGUAUUAGUGGUUUGGCGUGUGUGUAUAUUUUAAAUGGAUGAUUUAAUUUAAGAUUGUAUUGAUCUCAUUUUGUUAUCUUGUAAUGGCAUAAAAUAUAAUUUUAAU